GGAAUAUAUCUUCCCGCCAGUACCGCUGAUAUCAGAGGAGACGAACCGUCCUAGCUCAAAACAAAUUGUACCUCCAUAUGUCCAUGGCCAGCAAACACGCUCUCGUAUUCGGUGCAAGCGGUAUCUCAGGCAUCCCUCUCCUCCGCCACCUCCUCCCAAGCACCCCCUUCACCCGCGUAACCGGGCUUACUGCUCGCCCGCUCACCCUCUCCGCCAAGGAGCAAGAAGUCUUCCAGAUAGACACGUCCUCGCCGAAGCUGCAGCUCGUCCCCGGCCUUGACCUGUCGAAGCCUACUGAGGAGGUCAAACAGUUCCUGCAAGAUAACGUCCGGGACAUCGCCACCGUCUCGCACGUCUUCUUCGUCGCAUACAAGGAGAUCGCGUCCGAUCUGCAGGAGCAAGCCAGAAUCAACAUCGCCUUCGUCCGGCACGCGGUCGAAGCGCUCAACGCGCUCUGCCCCGACACCCUCGAGCUGGUCGUGCUCCAGACCGGCGGGAAGUAUUACGGCGUCGAGUUCCAGGACGAGAUCACGUUGAAGGCGCCGCUCAAGGAGGAGACACCGCGCCAGCCUGAGCCGUACUCUAAGCAGAUAUUUUAUUACGGCCAGGUGGAUGUCUUGAAGCAGCUCUCGCAAGGCAGACGCUGGACCUGGGUGGAGGUCAGGCCGGAUGCGAUUAUUGGCACUGUUCCCCGGGGGAAUUUCAUGAACCUCGCGGCCGGACUGGCCAUCUACCUCUCCGUCAAGGCGGCUCUCCAGCCUGCUAGCACCGUCCCCUUCCCAGGGACAGCACAGGGAUACAAGACCACUCACACUGAUACGGAUCACGAUCUCAUGGCGCGGUUCGAGAUCGACCUCGCGCUGAAAGCCACAGCCAGCGCGGACGCGAAAGCCAAGGCAAGUUCAUACUCCCCACUAUUGACUGAGAAGGCGUACAACAUUGCGAACGGCGACGUCGUGAGCUGGGAAACCAAGUGGCCCGGGCUCUGCGCGUACUUCGGGCUCAAGGGCGCUCCUCCGGGCCCCCCAGGCCAGACUGAAGACAUGAAGCAGUACGUCGCAAAGAACAAGGCGGAGUACCUCGCCAAGGCAUCGAACAAGGCGCCGAACGCCCAGGGGAACCUAGACACCGCCGAGAGCGCGCUGGUCUUCACCGCUCUAGUAUGCAGUUUUGGGAAGCAGAACCGAGAGUACGAUCUUUCGAAUGCGCGCGAGUUGGUCGGGUUCACAGAGACGAUCGAUUCGGUGAAGAGCUUUGCGGCCCAGUUCGACAAGAUGAAGGCGCUGGGUCUCAUCGCUUAGUGGCGUUCGCUGUGGUAAGAAGUUAAACCCAAUUGUAUACUAAAGUCGGUUUUCUGGUCUACUCGAGAAAUGCUCUUAGCGGUG